CCGGGCGCGCGCGGGAGGCGGCGGGGAGGCCCCGGGCCGGCUGGGAGGGGGCGGACGGCUGCCGCGGCGGUCGGUGCGCGCAGCGGGCACCAUGGCAGCCGGGUAGCGGCGGCGGCGGCGCGGCGGGGCCGUGGGCAGAAUUCUCAGGGUGCUGUGGUCUCAGUCCGUCUCCAGCCAUGGACCCUCGGCGGCAGGAACCACGAGGCACCGCCCCGCAUGCCUGAGGCCCGCACACCGGCCGCGAGCCCCAGUGUCUGAAAACAGGUGCAGGUGACAGAGGGACACCGGUCGAGCCAAGGCUGAGGUCCCAGGGAGAAGGAAGAAGGCCAUUUCCUAAUUGGUCCCACAUACAUCAGGUGGAUGGUUUCCAGCCUGCUCCCGACCCCCACCUCGGCCGAGCGCUGGGCCGUCCUUCUGCAUGACCCCAUGACUGUUGAUAUGGACGCGGUCCUGUCAGACUUUGUUCGGUCCACGGGGGCAGAACCUGGUCUGGCCAGAGACCUACUGGAGGGCAAGAACUGGGACCUGACGGCCGCUCUGAGUGACUAUGAGCAGCUCCGACAGGUGCACACAGCCAACCUGCCGCCUGUGUUCAACGAGGGCAGGUGCCUCAAGCAGCCAGAGCGCGAGCUGCCCCAGCCGGGGUACAAGGUGGAGAGGCCGUGCACGCAGAGGCAGGACGACAUCGCCCAAGAGAAGCGCCUUUCCCGGGGCAUCUCCCACGCCAGCUCAGCCAUCGUGUCCCUGGCACGCUCGCACGUGGCGAGCGAGUGCAGCAGCGAGUUCCCGCUGGAGAUGCCCAUCUACACCUUCCAGCUGCCCGACCUGAGUGUGUACAGCGAGGACUUCCGCAGCUUCAUCGAGCGGGAUCUGAUCGAGCAGGCCACCAUGGCGGCGCUGGAGCAGGCGGGUCGCCUGAACUGGUGGUCGGCCGUGUGCACCAGCUGCAAGCGACUCCUGCCUCUGGCCACCACGGGGGACGGGAACUGCCUCCUGCAUGCCGCCUCACUGGGCAUGUGGGGCUUUCACGACCGGGACCUGGUCCUGAGGAAGGCUCUGUGCAGCAUGAUGCGGACGGGCGCUGAGCGCGAGGCGCUGAGGCGCAGGUGGCGGUGGCAGCAGACACAGCAGAACAAGGAGUCAGGGCUGGUGUACACGGAAGAAGAGUGGGAACGAGAGUGGACAGAGCUGCUAAAACUGGCGUCCAGUGAGCCCCGGACACACCUCAGCAAGAACGGUGGCACGGGAGGCGGUGUGGGCAGCGCAGAGGACCCCGUCUACGAGAGCCUGGAGGAGUUCCACGUGUUUGUGCUCGCACACAUCCUGCGCCGGCCCAUCGUGGUGGUGGCUGACACGAUGCUGCGGGACUCGGGCGGGGAAGCGUUCGCGCCCAUCCCGUUCGGGGGCAUCUACCUGCCCUUGGAGGUGCCUCCCAACAGAUGCCACUGCUCGCCCCUGGUUCUCGCCUACGACCAGGCGCACUUCUCGGCCCUGGUGUCCAUGGAGCAGCGGGACCAGCAGCGAGAACAAGCCGUCAUCCCUCUGACCGAUUCCGAGCAUAAGCUGCUGCCCCUGCACUUCGCGGUGGACCCGGGCAAGGAAUGGGAGUGGGAUAAAGAUGACAAGGACAACGCCAGGCUGGCGCACCUCAUCCUGUCUUUGGAGGCCAAGCUGAGCUUCCUGCACAGCUACAUGAACGUGACGUGGAUCCGGAUCCCGUCGGAGACGAGGGCCCCUCUGGCGCAGCCCGAGUCGCCGACGGCCUCGGCAGGGGAAGACGUGCAGUCCCUGGCCGACUCUCUGGACUCGGACCGCGAGUCAGUCUGCAGCAGCUCCAACAGCACCAACGGCAAGGCGGGCAAAGACAAGGAGAGAGAGCGGCAGCGCAAGGACAAGGACAAGACGCGUGCGGACUCCGUGGCCAACAAGCUGGGCAGCUUCAGCAAGACGCUGGGCAUCAAGCUGAAGAAGAACAUGGGCGGCCUAGGCGGCCUGGUGCACGGCAAGAUGGGCCGCACCAACUCGGCCAACGGUAAGAACGGAGGCGGCGGCGACGCGCCCGAGCGCGCCAAAGACAAGAAGACAAAAGCGCGCAAGGGCAGCAAGGAGGACUCGGGUGCGUCCACGGGCACGUCGCCGUCGGAGAAGACCACGCCGUCGCCCACGGACAAGGCGGUGGGCGCGGCGCCGGCCGACAAGGGCGGCGGGCCGCGGGGCGACUCCUGGAAGUACAGCACGGACGUCAAGCUCAGCCUCAACAUCCUACGCGCCGCCAUGCAGGGCGAGCGCAAGUUUAUCUUCGCCGGCCUACUGCUCACCAGCCACCGGCACCAGUUCCACGAAGAAAUGAUCGGCUACUACCUGACCAGCGCGCAGGAGCGCUUCAGCGCCGAGCAGGAGCAGCGGCGCCGCGACGCCGCCGCCGCCGCCGCCGCGGCCAGUGCGGCCCCAGCGGCGGCCAAGCGCGCUCCGCGCCGGCCCGACCACGACGGCGCGCCCGGGGGUUCCGAGCGCGCCUCCCCGGCCCCGCCCCUGCUGCCACCGCCGCCGCAGUCCGGGCAGCCCACGCAGCUGGUGCUCAAGUUCAAGGACCGGCCGAGCCCCGGGCCGGCAGGCGGGCGCACGGCGCGGGCCACCACGGCGGCGCUGGCCGGAGGCGGGGGGUCCCCAAGCGUACGGCGUGCGGCGGCGGCGUUGAGCGCCCCCGGCCGCAGCCCCCCGCCACUCCCAGGCCGCCAAAGCGUCAUCCACGUGCAGGCGGCGGGCGCCCGGGACGAGGCGUGCGCGCCGGCAGUCGGGGCGCUACGCCCGUGCGCCACGUACCCGCAGCAGAACCGCUCGCUGGCGUCGCAGAGCUACAGCCCCGCGCGCGCCGCCGCCGCCGCCCUGCGCACGGUCAACACGGUGGAGUCGCUGGCGCGCGCGGGGACCCCAAGCGACGCCAAGUCGCAGACCUACAGCCACGGCUUCGGCGCGCGCGACGGCCUGGAGUUCGCCGACGCCGACGCGCCGCCCGCCGGCCGCUCGAACGCUGAGUGUGCCCGGGCCAGCGGUGGAGGCGGCCCCGGGCCCGGGCCCGGCUCCGGCCCCAGCCCCAGCCCGGCCCAGCGGCGCUGCCAACGGGAAAACUGCGCCUUCUACGGGCGCGCCGAGACCGAGCACUACUGCUCCUACUGCUACCGCGAGGAGCUGCGGCGGCGGCGCGAGGCGCGCGGGGCGCGGCCGUGAGCGCGCCGCGGGGCGGGGUGUGGCGGGGUGUGGUGGGGCAGGCCGGCCCCCUCCCUCGCUCUCUGCCCAGCCCCACACAUACACACACACAUGAUCUCGCGCCCGAAUAUUAUGUCGGUGUCUUUUCUACAACGCCCGGGUGCAUCGGCCGGCGACUCCGUCUGCCAGUGCGGUGGACGGGUCUUUGCGCCAACGUCCCCUCCUGGUGCCUGAACCGCCACCGACGCCUCUCAGGUAGCAGAAGGCCAGGAUUUCAGUCGUGCUGUGGUUGGCCGCGGGGGUGCGUGCCAGCCAGCACCCGCCGCCUCCCGUCCCCGGGGAAGGAAACCCAAUAGCCAUCACUAGAGUAUUUUUGUUCCUCGAUAACGAGAAAUAAAGAAAUUUGCAGCCCCUUGUUUUUAGAAGGGAGUGUUUUACAUGCUUUUUCUUUUCCCUGGCUUUUUUUGUUCUUUUCACUUUUCCCCCCUCCUGCCCCAGCCCCAGGCCUCACCCACGCAGCGCCCCCCCCCUCCCGUUGUCCUCUGGGGCGAAUCUCUUCCACCCCGUCUCAGAAGCCAAACCUCCUCCUUCACCGUGCCCCUCGGCUCGAGUACCGUCCACACUGCCAGAGCGGCCGCGGGCGUCCACCGACAGGGUGUCCCGGACAACCUACCUCGGCGUCUCCCUGUGCGGGCCUACUUCGGGUGCCCCCAGAAACCAGGUUCUGAACGGGCUCCUUGAAGAGCAGCCAGCUCCGGUCCUCCUGGGAGCCACCGCCCCGAGGACGCGGUGAUGUCCCUGGGUGCCCACCGGAGCUUACCCUUUGUCACUGUGGAACCCCUCCCCAAACUCUCUUUUCCAGGCUACUUGGAAUCGGGUCAGUGCUUCUUCCCAAGGGAAGGUGCUGAGGACCACUCCGGACGAGCCCCCCCACCUCCACUGUCUGGGUUCUGCCAGGUCCGGGGAGGCCACUCUCGUGGGGCCCCCAGGCGCAGCAGAGUUGAUCCUAAGAAGUCCCCUAACAUUUGAAGGGGACAAGGGGAUGACCCACCCCCUAAGGAGCGGAGCGGACCCUCCCCUCCCCCAAUUUUUUUUUUUUGGUGCCUCUGACAUUUUUUGAGGGAAAAAAGUGUGUGUGUGUGUGUGUGUGUGUGUGUGUGUGUGUGUGUGUGUGUGUGCGCGCGCGCGCGCGCGCGUCCUUAGCUACCCUCUGUGAGCAGCUCUGAGAGAUAGUCUCAUUUUUCCAAGAUUACCUCUGGAGAUGCUGUACUGGGCCUGGCACGGAGCUCCACCUGCCUUACUAAUCUUGUUGCCAAGAAGCCAGUAAGAUGGGCGGAAUCCUUACUAGCAAAAGAAUCCUUUCCUGCCUGGGCGAGCCUCCAGUUCCAGAUGCGCCCCCCUCAGCCCCCCCUUAAAAGGAUCCCAUAUCCAACUUUGCUUUCAGGGUUACCCUCAGAAAAUGCAGGGAGACCAUCUCCCUCCAGCAGAAAGAAUCCAUGUCCUCCCCAGGUGAAGAGCAACAAAUGUCAGUAAACAGGAAAAUAUUACAGGGAGGGGAAUUUUUUUUUUACUUGUUUGAAGAAUGACAAUAAACUAAUUUGCAUAUC